CUCAUCGUGACAGGAGAUGGAGCCCCGCCCCGCUGGAGAUCCCUUAAAGGGCCAGUACACCCUAAUAAUUGCAUUUUCAAUAACUCGAAUCUGUCUUGUGGAUAUACUGAAUGGAUUGAACACAAAAAUAAGCUAUCGUGCGUUUUGACUAGAGAUAGGCAAAUAAGAAAAGGAGUGGUGGCGUACAGCGAAGGGUGUCACUGACGAGUGCAUCGGCCGUUUUACCGCAGUGCAUCUGCAGGAUCCUCUGAACUGAGAGGUACUGUGGCGCAGCAACCUCACUGGAAAUCAAGCACAGGACGGAUCUAUUGUUUGUUUUUUGCUCAACGGAUUUUAUGGAUUCGGUCGCGCACCUGCAGUUUAAUCAGCAAUGCCAGCGCGAACGAAGAUUGUUUCCAACGAGCAAGGGGUCAUUAGAUAGCUGAAAUCCAAGGUUUUCCAAGAGGAGGACAUCACAUAUCCCUCCCCGGAGAAGGCCUCCAAACUGAGAACAGUAGGCUCGGAUUAAGUGCAUAAAUAUCUUAUUUAGUUUUGCGGUCAAUACUGGUAGCAACAGAGGUAGCAAUUUGAAUUUUAAUGAGCAUGCAAAUGAACACAAUAUGCACUUGCAUGUGCGUGUAAUGUCGAGUCAGACGUUGGCAUGUUGCACGUAUGAGUCCAUUUGACAUCCCCAUUGAGAUUUAGAGAUAAGUGCGUGUGUUCCGAGGCAGGUUUGACGAUGUCUCCGUGCAUCUCUUAUUAAAAACCUCAGGGAAAACAUAAUCUAAUCUCAGGGUGAAUAUCCGGGGAACACUGUGAGUCAUCACUUCAACUGGAAUGUUGGAAUGACAAAAAGCAGAGAGUCCAUCAAUUAAAAGUGUACAUUCAGCACAGAUACAUUUGUCUCCAGCAAUAAUUUGUGGCAAUAAAUACUAUAACCAGCAGUAAACUGUUGGUUUGAGCCAAAGAAGUAAAACAGCAACACUAAGGGAGGCCUGUACAUUUUGCACAUUACAAUGCAUGCGUAGCUGCUAGUUGAUUUAUUCAUGAUUUUAGUCUGCACUUUAGUGGACUUCAGCUUUUAAAAUUUGCAGUGUUCUUAAGAUAAAAGCAUCAUAUAUAUUCAAUCAAUAACUAUCACAAGUAGAUUAGGCGUUUAAAAGUACUGUAGGAACCUUUUGAGGCCCAUCAUCCAAUAUAUUGCUGCAACCAGUGACAUGACGGCAAUUCAUAUCCUACUCAUUUUCCUCUCCAGCGCAUUGUUUGUGCACCGGUGUCACGGGGCGUGCGCAGAGGUGGACUCGGACACAGAGGCGGUGGCGGGCAAAGGCUUCAAACUGGGCUGCAUCUCCUGCAAGAGGAGGAGUGAAGUCAAAGCCGCCGCCACUGUUGAAUGGUACUUCCAGGCCGAAGGAGAGGUCGACUUUGUGCAGAUCUACACCUACAACGAGGGCGGAGCCUCCAUUGAAAAUGAGCAUUUCGUGGACCGCCUGGAUUGGAACGGGAGCAAGACGAGCAACGACAUCCAGGAUGCAUCCAUAUAUCUGCUCAACGUCACCUUCAAUGAUUCGGGCACGUACCGCUGCUUCUUCAACCGCAUCCUCUCCUUCGAGAACUAUGAGUACACCACAGUCAUCAGCAAAGUGGUCCGCCUCACUGUGGUGGCCAAAGCCACCAGAGGCACUGCUUCCAUUGUGUCCGAAGUCAUGAUGUACGUGUCCAUCAUCGGCCUGCAGGUGUGGCUCCUCAUCGAGAUGAUUUACUGCUACAGAAAAAUAGCAGCAGCCGGGGAAGAGGCGCUAAGAGAAGCCGCGAAUGCUGAAUAUUUAGCGAUUGCCUCGGAAAGUAAAGAUAACUGUGCAGGGGUGCAGGUUGGAGAAUAGCAAAGGCUUCCAUUAUGGACUGAAAACAUCCCUCCUACACAUCCUGCUAACUGCAUGAAAACAACUUGUGUGGCGGGAGGGGGGCCAGACUCCAUCUUCAUCUCAAGUCUUCUGUUUUAUCUUCCCCUUUCCUUGACAAAGACCUCAAAUGCAUACGAAGCACAGAGAGAGACAGCAUGGUACCAGCACUGUAAAUAGUUUGCUACGCACACAAGCAAAGCAUGUACUGCACUAGUGUAAAAACCCCCAUUAUGCAUCAAUGAGCCACAUUGUUAAAAGCAUCCACUGUAGUCACGGUAAGGUAUUAUGUCCACAUACUGUACAUUUAUAUGAGAUAUACUGCGGGAGCCCGUGGCACUCUUGAGGUUGAUUGUGAAAGAAAGCUUUUUACUAACUCGCCACGACCUAAUGUAUGAUAAAAUUAAAUACCCAAUAAGUAUGUUAUUUAUAAAUAAAAUAGAAUGUGGUGAACUCUGAUAGACUGUCUUUCCAGUUGAAUUACUGGUACAUUCAGUGAAACAUUAAAUGUACUAAUAAAAAAAAAAGGACAAAUCUCA